GCCCGGCGGCUGCGGCGGGAGCGGGAGCGGCGGCGGCCUGCCCGUGCCGGGCCUCUGCGCGCCGCCGGGCUGCGCCUGCCCGGCCGCCCCCGCCGGCCCUUCCCCGCUCCCGCUCCGUCACCGGAGCGCGAAGCCCCUCGGCCGCCCGGGCGGGAGGGAGCUGCCUCCGCUCGCCGCCGAUCCCGGCCCCGGGAGCAGCGGGGAGGCGGCCGCAGCCGCGCCGUGAGGUGCGGGCCCAGCGGGCGGCCCCUCGGUACCGGGGCGGGCCGCCGGGGGCUCGGGGAGCCGCGCGCGUCUCGGGGAACGGAGCCCGGCGGUGCGGGGACGCGUCGUGCUGUGCUUCCCCCGCAGGCCCGGCCGAGCGCUGUGCCCGCGCGGGACCCGCGGAGCCCCGGCGGACGGCGGCGGCCCCAGCCUUCUGUUGAGUCUUCAAGUCCAGGAGGUUCAGCAACAUCUGAUGACCAUGAAUUUGAUCCAUCAGCUGAUAUGCUGGUGCAUGACUUUGAUGAUGAACGGACAUUAGAAGAGGAGGAAAUGAUGGAAGGAGAAACAAACAUCAGUUCUGAAAUAGAGGAUCUUAACAGGGAAAGUGAUAUGCCAAUCCAGGAGCUACUUAGCCUUUAUGGCUAUGAUGGUACCAUUCCACUCCAAGAAGAUGAUGAUGAUGAAGAUGAUGAAGAGGAAGAGGAGGAGGGAGAAGAUGAUGAUGAUGUUGAUAAUGAUGACAACAGUGGCUGUAGUGGUGAAAACAAAGAGGAAACCAUAAAGGAUUCAUCAGGUCAGGAAGAUGAGACACAGUCAUCUAAUGACGACCCGGCACCAUCUGUUGCUUCUCAAGAUCCACAGGAGAUAAUUCGCCCCCGUCGGUGUAAAUAUUUUGAUACAAAUAGCGAAAUAGAAGAGGAAUCCGAAGAAGAUGAAGAUUAUAUUCCCUCAGAAGACUGGAAAAAGGAAAUCAUGGUGGGCUCUAUGUUUCAAGCUGAAAUUCCAGCUGGCAUCUGCAAAUACAAAGAGAAUGAAAAAGUGUAUGAAAAUGAUGACCAGCUCUUGUGGAAUCCUGACUUCUUACCAGAAGAUAAAGUGAUUGAGUUCCUAAAUGAAGCGUCAAGGCGUACGGGUGAUGAGAAAGGCCUAGAUGCAAUUCCUGAAGGAUCACAUAUUAAAGACAAUGAGCAGGCAUUGUAUGAACUGGUUAAGUGCAAUUUUGAUACUGAAGAAUCAUUACGAAGGUUGAGAUUUAAUGUGAAAGCAGCCAGAGAAGAAUUAUCUGUUUGGACAGAAGAAGAAUGCAGGAACUUUGAACAAGGGCUGAAAGUGUAUGGCAAGGAUUUUCAUGUGAUUCAGGCAAAUAAGGUACGAACAAGAUCAGUUGGUGAGUGUGUAGCAUUUUAUUACAUGUGGAAGAAAUCAGAGCGUUAUGAUUUCUUUGCGCAGCAGACCCGAUUUGGAAAGAAGAAAUACAAUCUUCAUCCUGGUGUAACAGAUUACAUGGAUCGCCUCCUGGAUGAAAGUGAAAGUGCUGCUUCCAGCAGAGCUCCGUCCCCGCCUCCUACGACUUCCAACAGCAGCACCAGCCAGUCUGAAAGAGAGGACAGUGCAACCAGCAGCAGUAACCAGAAUGGGGUGUCUGCUAACGGGCCAGGUGAGAUACCAAAUAAAGAUGAAGCAAAAAUUGAAGGAUUGCAUGUAAAUGGACCUACCAGUGGCAAGAAAACACCUCACACAGAUCUGGAUACAAAUGGGUAUGAAACUGAAAACCUUUCCAUUGACCCAAAACUUGCUCAUUCAACUUCAAGAAAUGAAAAUGAUUUUGAAGAAAAAAGUGAAAGACCUCUAAAAAGAAGAAGAAUUAACAGCAAUGGAAAAGAGAGUCCUGGUUCAUCGGAGUUCUUCCAAGAAGCAAACUCACAUGGGAAGCUUGAAGAACUAGAAUCUUUGGAUGACUGAAUAUUAAGAGCUGAUUUUAUUCCUUGGAGUAAAUUUUGGGUGUCUAAAAUUUUCAGGGUUGAUGGGUUACCUUACAAAAUCCAGUUCUGUAAAACAAUCUGCUGAGAUUUUCCUUAUACCUUCUAGUUGGCUCUUAAGAUCUGAUUAUUUGUUUCUGUCAGUGCUGAAAAGCAGUAGGAGAAUAUUCUGUUUCUCAGAGCUGUCAGCUGUAGUUCUGGGAACACUAAGGCGCUUAAAAAUAUUUGAGAGACAAAUCGGUGAUUUUCUGAAAAAAUGCUUCCAGCCUAAUACGUUAAAGAAAAUUAAUUCUGUAUAUAUACGCUAUUUAAGCAUUGUACAAGUGAACAAAGCAUCCUAUUUGAAGCAGGGGGCUGGUUUAAAUUUCUGAUUGUUGUGGGGAGUUACAAUGAAAUAGAGAAUUCCGAGACACGCAUCAGAGUAGGCACAGAGACUCGAGACUUCGAGAGAGAAAAACGUGUCACGCCAUUGCUAAGGAACCCUUAUGAAUCCUGAAAGUUAUGAGCACAACUAUUUUUAUAUAUAGAAGUUUUAAAAGGUAAUAACUAAACCAGGUCAGGUUUGUAUAUGUAAAAUUGUUGACAUCAAUGAUGUCUUUCCAUAUUCUUAUCUGGGCUAAAGAAAUACAUUCUGUAUUUUUCCAGAUUUCUUUGUAGCCUUUGAAAGAUUUUUACAGUACUUAUGUCUUGAUUGAACUGUCCUUUCUUAAAACAAAAGCUUGUAUAAUUUUCUUAACUUGUACAGUUGGUAAACUUUUAUGAGAGAAUUGAUAUCCUGAGUCUAAUGUCAGCUUCAUUUUAUUUUGCUGAACUCUUUUCUUAAAAAAAAAAAUACACAAAAAAAGACAAACCAAACCAAUUGACCUAGAAAAAAAAAGAAUGCUUAUCAGUCACCAACAUGUUAUUUUCUUCUCAAAAAAAAACAGUAAAUCAUUAACAUCAAGAAUGGUUAGAAGUCAUUUGAUUUUGAAAAGAUUAUUUUUCUUGUUUUAUGACAAAUAGUGAUGCUAAGAAUUUGUUAAGCAUGAUGCUUGCAUUGCACAAAUUUUCUUGCUUUCAUUUACAUUUUCUCAUUUUAUUUUGAGCUCAGAUAAAUUUCAUGUCAGCCAAAUGCUUAAGUUUACUAAACCUUGUUCACCAGGGUCAGGUUUUAGAUUAUUCAUUGAUCUAUUUUCAGUAUCUCUCUCAUCAUCUACAUUUCACCGAGCACAGGAAGGACAGGAAAUGGGUCAAGUGAUUCUGGCUGUACCGGUUAGAAAUGGACAUGCAGCUGGUAACCUGGUGCCUGAUCUUGAAUUUCUGAAUACUAAUGGACCUUACGUGGAUGGAUAUUUCAGUGGGAGCAGAAACAUCACCCAGAAAUACUUGGUACAGUAUAUACACAUAAAUAUGUUUGCUAUAUAGAGAUUCACAUGUGUAAGAAGUGAGAGUAGGUAUGGGUAACUCUUUUAAGAUUAACGUGCUAGAAACUAAAAUUCUUUGUAAAUGUGUGUGGAGCAGGGCGAUGUUCACCUUCCCACUAGCACAAUUUGAAAGGCGUUGAAGUAGGGCUUACAUCCAUGAAAUAGAAAGAUUCUUAAUACCAGUGUUUUUUUUAAAAAAAACUUUUUUUUUUUAAGCCACAGCUACAGUCUACUGAAAUAAAAAUAGGAAAAAUUGUUCAUUUGUAUAAUUAAUAAUCUUGUCUCCUCCUCCUGUGGCUUACAUGUGUGCUGUUAAUUUUUAAUUGGUUUUUUACCUAAAUGAUCUUAAAAUGUAUGUCUUCACCAUUCCAGUUUUAAAUGUAGGGUCCCAUGGCUUGAAACCGAUGUAUCAACCUGAAAAAAAAUCUGCUAAGGGUUUCGUUUCGUUUUGUUCUUCAACUACAUGUACUUGGACUUCAUGGUCAUUAAUGAGCCAAAUUCCCUGGAUCCAGAUUAGCUUCAUCAGCAUGGUUAGUUCCUGGACUGCAUUUACCUGCUGUUCCCAGAAACGUUUGGACUGAUGUUUUAACUGGUUCAGCUGACGUGCGAAGUUGACAUCUACCUACCUUAGGCAGUAAUUGAUGUUGAGAGGCACAUGGGUAAGGAUUGGUAAUGCAUGGCCUGCGUUAAUCACUUGAUUAAGCAAGCGGUUGCAUUAGGAAGAGGUUGCUGUUGAUUGGCAAUCCGUUUAAUUAACGGAGCCCCAAAGUAUCACAGUUAUCUCAAAGGUGUGGGCUUGAGACGGUUUCAGACUGGAGGGCAGUGCGGUGUUUCUAAGAGUCUUUGCAGCUGGCGUCCUUUUUUCAAUUUUAUUGUUAUGCAUUUCUGUUUGCAAGUUGGAGAUACUUCCAAAAAUUUAUAGGAAAGUUUAUAAGUCAAUUGUCUCAGGCUUGUGUGUGAAAUACAGCACUGUGUAUAUUUUCAGGAAUGUUGCUUUGUUUUUUUUUUAAUCUUACCUUUUUCUGGUGAUACAUAGAAGAGACCUGACAUUCCGUAAUCAACACCUAUGUAAUGCUCAGUUAGACUUUAAGAAUAUUUAAUUAUAAUUUACAGUUUGUUCAUGCUGGUGUUUUAACACAAUACUUUGUUCAUGUUCUUCAAAAUGCAGCCACUAUAACUUGAUAAGUCAUUGCACUACUAAAGCUAUUUAAAAAUCUAGAAAUUUAAUAACUUCGAUUUUGUUUAAAAAGCAUUCAGUACACUUUGGAGCCCAGAAAUGGUUGAACUUGUUUCCAGCCAGCACUGGCAAGGUUGGAGCUUGCAGUAACACUGGGGUAUGUUUUUCAAGCACUACCACGAUGUCUUCAGCUGGAUGGGGAGUCUGGCUUUCACAGAGUGCUUUGUGACUGCAGCCUAAACUGAAAGCUCCAGUUCAACUGAGUAAAUCCUUGUUGGGCUUUCCAAAGGCUAUUUAAAGUGAUAUUAAGACCAACAACCACAGACACACAGAAUUUACAAGUUAGUUUUUAUACAGUUUGUCACACAUAGUAAUUUUGCACUGUUAGUAACUCCCUUGUCUUAUCCCUGUUCCCUGUCUGCAAUUCUGAAAAAGCUUAUUAAACUAUUUUUUUAAACACA